GCCCGAACCCACGCGAGACGCUGUCGCCGUGUGAGCCUGAGACGACAUUCGCCAUCGCAUCCGGCUUGCCUUCUGUCACUCAGACAUGUAGCCGCAAAAAGAAUCUUUUGCAAACGCUGCAGCUCAAAAUGUACUUCCGGAACACCAUUCGAGCGACAAAUGCGAUCAACGGCGAG